AUGUGCUGGUUCCGACUGCCACUGACGGCAAGUGCAUCAGCCUACAUCCACCAUCGGCCUACAUCCGGCUUCACCCUACAUCCGCGAUCACACCACAUACAGCAUCACUCCACAUCCGGCAUCACCCUACAUCCAGCUUCACCCCAUAACCAGCAUCACUCCACAUCCGGCAUCACCCUACAUCCAGCAUCACCCCAUAUCCAGCAUCACUCCACAUCCGGCAUCACCCAAUAUCCAGCAUCGGUCAACAUCCGGCAUCACCCUACAUCCGGCUUCACCCUACAUCCGCGAUCACACCACAUACAGCAUCACCCCACAUCCGGCAUCACCCAAUAUCCAGCAUCACUCCACAUCCGGCAUCUACCAAUAUCCAGCAUCACUCAACAUCCGGCAUCACCCUACAUCCGGCAUCACCCCACAUCCAGCAUCACACCAUAUCCAGCAUCACCCCAUAUCCAGCAUCACUCCACAUCCGGCAUCACCCAAUAUCCAGCAUCACUCAACAUCCGGCAACACACCAUAUCCGGCAUCACCCCACAUCCAGCAUCACACCAUAUCCAGCAUCACCCCAUAUCCAGCAUCACUCCACAUUCGGCAUCACCCAAUAUCCAGCAUCACUCAACAUCCGGCAUCACCCUACAUCCGGCAUCACCCCACAUCCAGCAUCACACCAUAUCCAGCAUCACCCCAUAUCCAGCAUCACCCCACAUCCGGCAUCACCCAAUAUCCAGCAUCACUCCACAUCCGGCAUCACCCAAUAUCCAGCAUCACUCCACAUCCGGCAUCACCCAAUAUCCAGCAUCACUCCACAUCCGGCAUCACCCCACAUCCGGCAUCACCCCACAUCCGGCAUCACCCAAUAUCCAGCAUCACACCAUAUCCAGCAUCACCCCAUAUCAAGCAUCACCCCACAACCGGCAUCACCCAAUAUCCGGCAACACUCCACAUCCGGCAUCACCCCAUAUCCAGCAUCACUCCACAUCCGGCAUCACACCAUAUCCAGCAUCACCCCAUAUCCAGCAUCACUCCACAUCCGGCAUCACCCAAUAUCCAGCAUCACUCAACAUCCGGCAUCACCCUACAUCCGGCAUCACCCCACAUCCAGCAUCACACCAUAUCCAGCAUCACCCCGUAUCCAGCAUCACCCCACAUCCGGCAUCACCCAAUAUCCAGCAUCACUCCACAUCCGGCAUCACCCAAUAUCCAGCAUCACUCCACAUCCGACAUCACCCAAUAUCCAGCAUCACUCCACAUCCGGCAUCACCCCACAUCCAGCAUCACCCCACAUCCAGCAUCACUCCACAUCCGGCAUCACCCCAUAUCCAGCAUCACCCCAUACCCAGCAUCACCCCAAAUCCAGCAUCACCCCAUAUCCAGCAUCACCCCACAUCCGGCAUCACCCAAUAUCCAGCAUCACACCAUAUCCAGCAUCACCCCAUAUCCAGCAUCACCCCACAUUCGGCAUCACCCAAUAUCCGGCAUCACUCCACAUCCGGCAUCACCCCAUAUCCAGCAUCACUCCACAUCCGGCAUCACCCCAUAUCCAGCAUCACUCCACAUCCGGCAUCACCCCAUAUCCAGCAUCACCCCAUACCCAGCAUCACCCCAUAUCCAGCAUCACCCAAUAUCCAGCAUCACCCCACAUCCGGCAUCACCCAAUAUCCAGCAUCACUCCACAUCCGGCAUCACCCCAUAUCCAGCAUCACUCUACAUCCGGCAUCACCCCAUAUCCAGCAUCAGUCAACAUCCAGCAUCACCCCAUAUCCAGCAUCACCCCAUACCCAGCAUCACUCCACAUCCGGAAUCACCCAAUAUCCAGCAUCACCCCAUCAACAGCAUCACUCAACAUCCGGCAUCACCCUGCAUCCGGCAUCACACCACAUCUGGCAUCAAACCACAUCUGGCAUCACCAUACAUCUUGAAUCACACCACAUCCGGCAUCAAACCACAUCUGGCAUAACCCUACAUCUUGAAUCACACCACAUCCGGCAUCACCCCACAUCCGGUAUCACCCUACAUCCGGCAUCACACCACAUCUGGUAUACUCCUACAUCCGGCAUCACCCCACAUCCGGUAUCACCCUACAUCCGGCAUCACACCACAUCUGGUAUACUCCUACAUCCGGCAUCACCCCACAUCCGGUAUCACCCUACAUCCGGCAUCACACCACAUCUGGUAUACUCCUACAUCCAGCAUCACUCCACAUCCGGCAUCACCCAAUAUCCAGCAUCACUCCACAUCCGGCAUCACCCAAUAUCCAGCAUCACUCCACAUCCGGCAUCACCCAACAUCCGGCAUCACCCCACAUCCGGCAUCACCCAAUAUCCAGCAUCACACCAUAUCCAGCAUCACCCCAUAUCAAGCAUCACCCCACAACCGGCAUCACCCAAUAUCCGGCAACACUCCACAUCCGGCAUCACCCCAUAUCCAGCAUCACUCCACAUCCGGCAUCACACCAUAUCCAGCAUCACCCCAUAUCCAGCAUCACUCCACAUCCGGCAUCACCCAAUAUCCAGCAUCACUCAACAUCCGGCAUCACCCUACAUCCGGCAUCACCCCACAUCCAGCAUCACACCAUAUCCAGCAUCACCCCGUAUCCAGCAUCACCCCACAUCCGGCAUCACCCAAUAUCCAGCAUCACUCCACAUCCGGCAUCACCCAAUAUCCAGCAUCACUCCACAUCCGACAUCACCCAAUAUCCAGCAUCACUCCACAUCCGGCAUCACCCCACAUCCAGCAUCACCCCACAUCCAGCAUCACUCCACAUCCGGCAUCACCCCAUAUCCAGCAUCACCCCAUACCCAGCAUCACCCCAAAUCCAGCAUCACCCCAUAUCCAGCAUCACCCCACAUCCGGCAUCACCCAAUAUCCAGCAUCACACCAUAUCCAGCAUCACCCCAUAUCCAGCAUCACCCCACAUUCGGCAUCACCCAAUAUCCGGCAUCACUCCACAUCCGGCAUCACCCCAUAUCCAGCAUCACUCCACAUCCGGCAUCACCCCAUAUCCAGCAUCACUCCACAUCCGGCAUCACCCCAUAUCCAGCAUCACCCCAUACCCAGCAUCACCCCAUAUCCAGCAUCACCCAAUAUCCAGCAUCACCCCACAUCCGGCAUCACCCAAUAUCCAGCAUCACUCCACAUCCGGCAUCACCCCAUAUCCAGCAUCACUCUACAUCCGGCAUCACCCCAUAUCCAGCAUCAGUCAACAUCCAGCAUCACCCCAUAUCCAGCAUCACCCCAUACCCAGCAUCACUCCACAUCCGGAAUCACCCAAUAUCCAGCAUCACCCCAUCAACAGCAUCACUCAACAUCCGGCAUCACCCUGCAUCCGGCAUCACACCACAUCUGGCAUCAAACCACAUCUGGCAUCACCAUACAUCUUGA